AGAAGGAUCGAAUCCAUCUGACCCUCUGAACCGGAAACUCCGCACUGCCUUCUGGCCCCCCACACUCUAUUCAUCGCGCACUUGCCAAGCACUGAAUGCGGAAGCGCGACCCGGCAUCCCGCCGAGGGCCUCGGCGCGGUGGUGAUACUCGCGGUAGUGGUGCUGAUGGUGAGACGUUGGGAUAAAUAGCCUCUUGACCCCAAGCUAAUAUUGACGCAGUUUAUAUGCCAGAGAUUCAGCUCCUUCGCUCGAGAGAACAGAACAAGCACUCACACCAGACUCCUAUCCGCGAUCAACAACGCCCAAAACCUUCCACCAUCACCCCAUAUUCAAUCGCCACCAUGGAGUCCUACAAGCUCGACCUCGAGACGCAGCAUCCCAACACCAUCAAGAUCGUUGACCAGUUCAACGUCUAUCGCGCGCCCUAUAAGCACGUCAACAACCGCCCCAUAUACGCCUUCUUUCUCGUCCCCAAGGUCCUCCCCGCCGGCCCUCGCCCGCUUAUGGUGCGCUACCACGGCGGCGGGUGGACCGAGGGCGAAGCGGAAGCGUCGCUGCGGCCCUUCCUCCUCGAGAUGACCCGCGACUCGGGCGCCGUGCUAGUCGCGCCCGACUACCGCCUGCGGCCCGAGCACGAGCUCGCCGACGGCGUCCAGGACUCGCGCGACUUCUGGCGCUGGGUCGAGGACGGCGGCGCCCAGGCCUGCCUCGCCUCCACGCCCGCCACCGCCGGCGUGGUGCUGGACGCCUCCAACGUCGCCGUCGCCGGGGAGAGCGCGGGCGGCUACCACACGGCCCAGGUGGCGCUGCUCGGCAUGACGUCGCUGCCCAUCAAGUGUCUCAUCAUCCAGUACCCGGCCCUCAUGGUCGGCCGGAAGCUCCGCGACGAGUUCGAGAGGGACGAGGGGUCCUCGCGCCCCAUCUUCGCCGAGAAGGUGCCGUACUCGGUCGUCGAGAAGCACCUGGCGGGGCUGGAGCCUGGCCACGUCUGCUCGCGGGCGCCGUUCGCGGCACGCAUGGAUCUGUGUGCUGCCCUGAUGCAGGCGGGCAAGAUGGCCAAUGUCGAGGGCGAAAACGCGUACCUCGAUCCGUGGGUCAGCCUCGAGACGGCCGGGAAGCUUCCUCCAAUCUUGCUCUACCACUCGAAGGAGGACGAAGCGGUUUCUUGGGAGGACACAAACGAGUGGGCAGCCAAGCUCAAAAGGCUACAGCCAGACGUGCCGCUCUACCUGUCUUUCCAAACGGGGAGUCAUGUAUUCGACGUCAACCACACGACACGGGAACCAUGGCUGAAGGAGCCGCUCGAGUUCGUAAGCAAGUACUGGCCUGCGUGAAGCCGCGGAGAGUCCUGCUAUACUCAGGCCCGUUUUAUUCAAGAAACGUGUGGGAAUAAUAAGGGGCUCAUCAUACGAGAUAGGUAUAGCUGAAGACAUGCGACAUUCUCUAGUCUGGGGAAGCAAAUGCAAUCUCGCGGAGCCCACGUAUCGGCACCACUGUAAUCGAACCGGGUGUCCCCAAAAGGUCAUGGCAUUGAAGUCUUGUUGAACAUAUCCAAGUUCUACCGCCCCAAACGACAGCGACCCAAGGCCGCACUCGAAAUACAUGAGAUCAAGGCAAACAUUGGGCUAACACAAUUGUUGAGAGCCCAAAGGCGAAGGAGUAGAAAAUGACAAACAAAACGAGCCCAAGGCUAUGCGGAAAUGAUGUGUGGUCGAAAAGGAGCAAAAAUGGAAGCAAAGUAAAAUAGAGAAAAAACAAGAAAGCAAAAAGGCCAAAUCGAAAAAGACAAAAUAGAAAUGUUGGUCGGGGAGAGGAAAUAGGAAGAACGAUGAAAAAGCAGAACGAA